AAGAGCCUUGAAUUUAAAUUUAUUUCGAUUUCCAAAUAUGAGUCUGAAUUUUAGGUGCCCCCAUAUCUCAAAUCAGCCCCUCACAAUCAUACAUUUUUGCUAGCACUACUAUCAUAUCAUAUCAUUAGUCAUGCAUUAAUCAAUUCAAUUCGCAAUGCUUCUUCAUCUUCAUCUUCGUCUUCAAUUGAACUAAAUUAAUUAAUGGCGCGGCUCUUCCGAUCCAAGUCCUGCUCUCUCAACACAAUGCCGCCGCCUCUAUAUGAAGACGACGAAGGCGGUUAUUUUGGAGACUACAACUACAACACCGAUGACGAGGAGGAGGAGGAGGAGGAAGACGACGGAGGAUCGGAGAAUCCGGCGACGACGCCGUUUUUGAGCCCGGGAGGAAACGGCGGCGGAAAUCAGGCGCAGUUUUCGGUGCUGGGGGUUGUGGCGGCGGCGCUGAGGAAGUCGCUGGUCACGUGCUCCGUCGACGCGGACGACGUGGCGUCUGACGUGGACAUAGGAUGGCCAACCGACGUGCGACACGUGUCACAUGUGACGUUUGACCGGUUUGAUGGGUUUCUGGGCCUGCCGGUCGAGCUCCAGCCGGAAGUGCCUUCUAAACCGCCCAGCGCCAGUGCUAGUGUAUUUGGAGUUUCUGCACAGUCAAUGCAAUGUAGCUUUGACCAAAGAGGAAACAGCGUACCCACAAUUCUUCUUAGGAUGCAAACAAGACUCUAUGAAGAAGGAGGCCUUCAAGCAGAAGGAAUUUUCAGAAUCAAUGCUGAGAAUAGCCAAGAAGAAAAUGUUAGGAAACAGCUGAACAAAGGAAUUGUGCCACAUGGAAUUGAUGUCCACUGCUUAUCUGGUUUGAUAAAGGCUUGGUUUAGAGAACUCCCUUCUGGAGUGCUUGACUGUUUAAGUGCAGAAGAUGUGAUGCAUUGCAACACAGAGGAAGAGUGUAGCGAGCUCGUAAAGCAGCUUCCCCCGACCGAGGGCGCGCUGCUCGACUGGGCCAUCAAUCUCAUGGCCGACGUCGUGCAGCACCACCACCUUAACAAGAUGAACGCGAGGAACAUCGCUAUGGUUUUCGCUCCAAACAUGACUCAGAUGGCUGAUCCACUAACGGCGCUCAUCCACGCGGUCCAAGUCAUGAACUUUCUCAAGACCCUCAUCGGGAAGACGCUUGCUGAGAGAGAGGAGUAUUCGGCGGUACUGGAGCAGAGUGGUGCUCCAGUUGACGAAGAAUGCAAUAAUGCAGAAGUGAUGAGUAGUGGAGAGACGACACCCGCUACCACCGCUAUCACCACGCGCAAAAGGCGAACCUUAGGGCACAGUUUCAAAGACGAAUACGAAGCAGACGACGGAAUUCUCCGUCGUCUGAAUCUUCGGAAAGGCAUGCAAAAGCUAUGCCGGCAUCCGGUAUUCCACUUGACCAAGACACAACCUAAGAAGCUAUAUAAUUCUAAUUAAUCUCUUUUCUUUUUUUUUCUAAUGCAAUGUUGAUUUGCUAGCUAGCUUUUUUCUUUUUUUUCAUUUCACCACAUAAAUAGACACAAUAUGUAGGCAGGCUUGUGGGUUGAUUGGUUCUUAAAAGUUGGGCCUUCACUUGGAAAUUAGGACUUUCUAUGUAUCAAAUUCUCUUAUCCCUUUC